ACAGAGUGUAGAAGAGAACUACUGCUGACAGUUGUAUCUCCAGCCUGGAUUAUCCUAACAACCCUCCAACAAGAGGUCUUUCCAGCAGUCUUUCCGCACUUCUUCAGUGAGGAAAGGAGGACGUGGGGAGUCUGGGAAGAUGUUCUUUGUGGCAGGGGCUAAAAGUGGAGGAGGGUCCGGAGGAGGGUCCGGAGGAGAGCGGAGAUCAAUCUACCAGAAGAUUAGGGAAGUUGAUGUCCUUGACAAGAAGAAGACAGUGACGGCUCUGAGUGCUGGCGAGGAUCGGGCUAUGUUCCUUGGCCUGGGGAUGAUCCUUUCCUCAGUCAUGAUGUACUUUGUGCUGUGCAUCACCGUCCUGCGCUCAUAUGCAGAUAGCGUGUGGACGGAGGAGAGUGUUUGCAUUGUGCUUAACUCCACCAUCGUCGCAGAUGUGAACUGUUCCUACAGCUGUGGGUCAGACUGCUGGAGAGCCUCCAAAUACCCCUGCCUGCAGAUCUACGUCAGUGUCAACAGCACAGGACGGGUCAGCCUCUUAUCCCACAACGAGGAGACCCAGGAGGCCAACUCUGAGUGUUUCUAUGUGCCCAAGUGCCAAAAAGACAGCUCAGCCAUGCACGCCAUGACCGUGAACAUCUCAGAGCGCUUGAAGGUGCACCAGCAGGUCCCCUGCUACUAUGACCCCGGGGAGCAGCAGGGGAGCGUCCUCCUGUCACGGCUGUACGGUCCCAGUACCGUCUUCCACUCCCUCUUCUGGCCCUCCUGCAUGCUGACGGGGGGCACCCUCAUCAUCUUCAUGGUCAAGCUUACACAGUACCUCUCCAUACUGAGUGAGGAGAUUGGAAAAAUCAAGAGGUGAAACCGGCUCGCUAGCUUGGGGGAACCCUUUACACGACCACCGCCUGACAGACACGGACAUGAAAGGGAUUGUUUUAACCAGAUGACCCUUGGGCGGCGACCUCUUGUAACUUGUAACUGAGACAUCUAGGACAGCUGGGUUUCUCUCCUCUCAGGAACUGUUUCAAGUGUGAACUGAAUGUUCUGGAAAAGACUACUGUUUGUACUACCUCUGUUACUGGAACAUAGUCUUGCAUGUUUAAUCCAAUCCAAUUAUUCAUAGUGAGGAUUUUAUAAUUGGUUUGUUUACAGGGACUUAUGUAAUCUGUUUGUAAAGUAUUACAUCACUUGGCAUAUUCGUGAGCAUGCCUGUUAUCUUAUAUAGACAACAUUGUCAACCAAAAUAGUGGACUGUUGAGAGAACAUGAUAGAGUUCACUUUCCAAAAAGUUUUCCAUGUUUACAGGAGAUGACUGUUACCCUCUAACAAGAUAAGCAAGUUUAAACUUACCAAAGUCCUGCUGACUGAGACUUUUUGAGUGGUAUGUAACAAAGGGACAAAUAUGAUUCUGUUUUAUACAAG